GGCAACUCACUCUUUUCCGAUUUUCGCCCGAUACACCUAAAUGCAGAGUAAAUUUUUUAACAUCUUUAAAUAUAUUUUAAGCAUAAAUUCUUUGUUUUAAAGUGAGUAAAUGGUUACAUAAACGAAGUGUGUUUAAACGAAAAAGGCGCGAGUCAGUCUUUCGAGAUUUUCUCAGGCGCGUCACAAUUAUAAUAUCUACCUUGCGGGCGUACAUGUUUUAGUGUGAAAAAUGAUUCAAUUUACAAUAAAAACGUUGGAUUCUAACAACCAUCAGUUCAGCGUUGAUGACGAGACUACAGUGCAACAACUCAAGGAAAGGAUACGAGAGCAGUUGGGCAUAGAAAUAAAUCUGCAACGACUCAUCUUUUGUGGCAGAGUUCUGCAAGAUGAUAAAAAGCUUUCGGAAUACAAGGUUGAUGGGAAGGUGGUACAUUUGGUGCAGCGCGCGCCCCCUAGUCCGGAAUUCCGGAAUAGCGGUCACUCGUCCACCAGCAGCAGUCACACUGCAACCAACACCACCAACACGACUAAUACCGAACCAAGUCCUACUAUGCAACAGCAAAUCAGGAGGCUCAUGGUAGCGUUGAGCGGCCCGCCCGACUUCGUGUUGGACCCGCAGCAAUCUCUCUCGCCGAGCACCGGCCGCAUGGAGUUUAUUAGGCGUAUGAUCGGCGAAAUCAAAGCGUCUUUAGCGUGCCUGCGCGCACAUAUCGCCGGUGAAGUGCGGGAAAAUUCUGGUGUCCCGGCUAGCAGGGAGGCUCCGGAACAAAUGGAAAGUGAAACGGCACCAACGACACAGGAUGAGCCUGACCCAACGAUUGAUGACCCCGGCGAGGAACCAGCCGAUGCAGCGACCCGAGCCCAGUAUGCCCGUAGGAGGAGUUACAGGGCCAUAAGAGCGUUGCGGGCCCGCCAUUCAAGGCCUCGCGACUUAGGCCAGUUGAUCGAGGAGUUGGAGCAGUUGCAGGAGCAGUUCGCCCCUCACCGUUCCCAUUAUGUGAGGCUCCUGCGAGCUGCCAAUGAUCCUGAGCCACCUAACUAUGAUGCAAGUGAGCGAGCGGUUCAUCAGCGAACCAUAGACAUGGUCACGGAUAUCAUACAUAGCUUCGCCCACGCGUACCACGCUAUCAGCGAAAUCAGUUUCCCUGUGGGCCAGAGGAAUCCUCGCCUAACUUCGGAAGCUAACUUGAUGCGCCAACCGAUACCAAUGCAUGCACACAUUAACGUGAUUCAAUCUAACCGGCGUCCGCCCUCCGCGACCGCCACGAGCGGCGAGGGCUCUGGCCCGAACUCCACCACCAACUCUACCGCUUCUAACGAAGGAAGUACCGGAACUUCAGCGCAAGCCGGUAGGAACACCACCCAACCGACUGUCAAUAUAAACAUACAGCCAGACCUCACGUACCAAGUAGAGAUAGAAACCAGGGUGCCCAUAGCCAUUCCUAUUGAGAACGCUAUGCUCACCGGAUUGGCAAACGCGUCCUCGCCUAACCAGGAACAAAAUCAAUCGCAACAGAACGCGAACUCCGCCCAGGGGCAGGCUCAGGCCAAUCGUCGCCAGGUGCUGUUCGAUUUUGAGAAUUUGUUCCGUGGAUUGGGUCAAGGCGGAACACUGGGUGGCGUGGAAGUCGUCAUGAGUAUGGAGGAGUUACCUCAGGGUGGGGUCCUGGCUAACUUGGCCGGGGCACUGAGCGGCGCUAUCGCAGGCACCGGCACCGCCGGAGGAAACGCGACGAACGCCUCCGGACAACAUUCCGACGGCGCAGUAUUUUUAGCCCCUAUGACUUGGGGCGGGCCGCCAAGCGCGGACUUGCUGCAGAAUAUUGUCUCAUCGGUGAUUCGUCAGGGGUUGGUCCCGGGGAUGGAAGUAGCCGUGCAUGCUCCUAUUGCAUCUCAAUUAGCGCAAGCGGUUCAGGCCAAUCAGGCCCAAAGUCCGGCUAAUCAGGCUCAAACUCAGGCCAAUCAGGCCCAAAAUCAGACCCAAAGUCAGGCUCAAAGUCAGGCUCAAGGUCAGACUACACAAAUAGGGCAGACCCAACCCCAGGCACACGGGCUGCCUACAGGGCAGACCCAGCCGCAGACUCAAGCACAAGGUCAGACCCAGCCUCAGGCACAAGGUCAAACAUCUCAGCCAGCAAAUCAGGACGGUAGCAGUCAACAGAGGCAAUCUAACCUACACCUGCGCCGAGCUACGGCCACCAGUCGCGCUCAGGCCGUGGCUCUGGCCGGGUUAUCUUACGAUCGCUAUCUACACUGCGAAAGCCAGCAUGCUCGCCGCCGCAUGCAGAGGCGACGAGACCAACUUCAACAGCAGUUAGUUGCGCAUGAGCGUAUUCGUAACGAGCGUCUCGCAGCUCAAAAUAUCGAGACUAUACUCGAUCGCAACAUUAGUAAUCUGACGCAGGAUCAUAUGAAUGUCUUGCUACGAGUGCUCAAUGGUAGGCCGACGCGAGAGGGCUGGCUAACUGCUCUAUUGUUUGCUAUUGCUCGCCCGAUAUUCCUGUCCGAGACUUCGACCCCGGUCCCUGGGGAGCCUCCGCUGGCCCCGACCGAGUUCCCUCCAUUGAGGAUGAUGCUCCGCGACUACAUGCAGAAUCUGAUGGCCCGCGCCCGCCCCGGCGAUGGAGAUAACUCUUUUGAAGUCCUAGCAGACUAUCUGACCGAUGAGCAUGCUGAUUUUCUUAAUAACAUGCAUAACAUAACGAGCUUGCGUCCGGAGGUGGAUCCUCUGAGGUCCGUCCGGGCCCUGAUCCGGUUCCGUAUGCCGGCCGCUAUCGCCUCGGUUAUGUCGGAAUCGACAUCGGAAAUCUUCACCGCUCGAUUCUACAGCAUCUUCUCGAGGCUGUUCUCAGAUUUGGGAUCCAUGAUAUUAUACUUUUGCGAGGACGGCGUGGAAGGCUUGCGAGCUCUUUUCACAGCUUAUGUGGACCAUACCAUGAGACCAUUCGAAGAGCCAGUCCGCGUAGCGUUGUCGACUCUGGCUCAAGCAAACAUGACCGCCAUUAUCGACUCAAUUGCAGCCAAUACUGACAACAUUCGCCUGUUCAUACGCAGAAGGGGUACGGCCGUACCGACGCCCCCUCCUCAAAGAGACGAACCGUCACCAAUGGAGGUGUCCCCGGCGGCCGAAGAGGAAGAGAGCCGACCAGAACAAGACUUUAUGCCGACGAGGCUGGAAGACAUCCCGUUGCCCAGCGAUCCGCCUCCCGACAACAUGCCCGCUUUCCAAGAGGUGGCCGCACCACCAUCUUGUCAGUCGGAGACUGGCCAAUCGGAGACGUCUCAGUCAGAGACUUGUCAGGCAGAGUCUUGUCAGUCCGAGGCUAGUGCAUCUGAAGCUAGUCGGUCUGAGCCUUGCCAGUCACAGGCUUGUCACACGAACUCAUGCCCUUUAGCCACAUGUAAUUUAGAGGCUUGUCAAUCUGACUCUUCGCAGUCCACCUCUGAUCAAGAAUGCGAUUUAUGCGAGAUCUGUCAUUUGCCGACAGAGUCGUCGCCCGAAGUAUUUGAAACGGCUAUCGUACCUUCCGCCAGGGCUAUGGAAGCGGAAGCAGUUGAUGAGGCUAGGGCUGUGAGUGUAACCGAGCCAGCCCCAAUGGUAGUAGUCGCUGAAGCUAGGCCCAUGGAGGAUACACCGCCAUUGACCGAAGCCCCAAGGCCCUCAUCCAACCCCACCAACUCUUCUAAUCCUAAUAACAUCCGACUUGUACCACCAAUGGUAAUUGUCCAGCACUGGGGCGAGGAGUGGGUGCCGGUGUUCGCGCGGGACCAGGAAGCACAGAGCACGGCACCGCCACCAGAGCCAUACAGCGACGCCUAUCUCUCCGGGAUGCCGUCCAGAAAACGCCGCUGCGUCCGACAGAAUAGACCUGCUACUACUCUCGACGGGUUUAUGAACGAAAGCGUACGCGAGGCAGCAUCGGAGCGUGCGACAAGGGUGGAAAAUCAGUUGCUCCGGCUGGCGUUCCGCGAACACAUGCGCGGCUUAGCUCGCCAGCGGGCCGACGCUUCCGAGGACUACGAUCCCACUCGCUACUCAUCCGCGGCCAGGUUUCUCAACACGAGGCCCGACAAAAAAGACAGUCCUGAAACCGAGAGGAAAAACAAGAAGAAGUGAAUCGGCAGUUUGAACAGAAAGGGGCAUAGUCACAGUCCUUAGCUUUAGAACACAAAUCAUGGUUUUAUGGCUUAACUUUUUAAUUAUAUUUCCAGGCUAUAAUCAUUUUUCUAUUAAUUUAAAAAUGAAUUGAUUUUUAAUGAUGUGUAUGUUGCAUCAAUUAUCUUACGUUUUACGUUUACUGAAAUCUGCGAUGUAUUUUAGUGAUAUGUUUUGGUUCGGAUAUUUGGGAGAAAUGCUUGAAGAGACAAUUACCAAUUACGCAGUUCCAUUUCACCAAUAAAAAGAUCACUAGGUGGAUUCAUAGUCCUUUAUCAUUGCAAAGGUUGUCUAGAUAGAUAUCAUGUUUUCACUUGACUGGAGUCCGCAUUUCUGUCAGUCGUACUUCCUGACUAUGAAGCCAGUAAAACCUCUUUACGUCUGGAUGACCUAAGAAGCCAUUUGUACUUCAUUGGGAACAAUCUGUGGUAGCUGAUAGGUAUCUGAUAGCUGUUGGAACGAAAAUCUGAAGGUGAAUUCUCUGCCCUUAGUUUGUAGUACUUUAAUUUUUGUAUCUACGGACUGCGCCCAUGUUUCAUCACGACUUUUUCGAAGAUUUAAAUCUUUUAACAAAAAUGUAUAUCAACAGAGUUGCUUUUAAGGCUCUUAUCAGAUUCUGCGGGCCCUUUUGAUGAACUUUUUGAGGCCCGACUUAAAUGGUUUAGGUCCAAUCCUUUUUUAUGUAAGCUAAGCGAUUGCUAACAUUGGUUGUUAUCCGGUUUGCUGGUUGUUUUUGAAGGCUGGUAGCUUGGAGCUUAGCUCAGUAUAAAGCAUAAAUUUAUUAUGUACUAUUUAGGCAUGAACUCCAGUAUAUACUAUCUGUCCAAACGCUCGGCCACAGAAAUUGGUUGCGUAUAUAAUAGCUACCGUGGCUUCCACGAGUAACGUAGAUGGAACCAAUCCUUACCUUAACGUUAAACGAAAAGGUUUUUAAUAAUAAGAUUCAUCACAAACAGCUCGUUACGAUGACAACUUCAUGUGUAAUUCCAGAACUUGUUCGCGAAGUGAUCACAGUACUAUUCGCUGAUUCAUUAGAUCAUCUCGGCAGAAUAUGUUUUCGUAUAUAGAAAUUACGAGACUGUACCAACAAACUAAAAUAAAUUGGGAAUGAAGUUACAAUUAAGUCAAUAAUAAUCUGUAUUUAAAUUUAGCAUGCGUCAUUAAUUUUAAUAAUUGACAGCCUAUAUACGUCCUUAGGACACCACUUAUAUUAACCGAGUUGAUGUUUCAUUAUGUAUCACUACAUAAAUGUUAUCAAUAAGUAAUUCGUAUAAGAAUAUUUAAUCAAUAUGUCCCUGAUCGUCGUACAUCCCUUUUCCGCAACUAGAUCGUAGCUCGUAUUUUAUCUGUCUAUGUUAUACUCGUCUACAACAUUUCUAUUUGUAUAAAAUUUUACCAAUUCAAUAUUUACAAUUAUUUUUGCAAAUGUGUUUAUUUAUACUUGUUAUGGUGGCAAAUGAACUUUGCACAUUGCCAUAUUAUUUCGUACGUUGUUGAUUAGUUAAUUUUAUUCAAGAAAAACCGAGUUGCGAGCGUGGUCGUAUAUAAUCGAGCAGCGCCUCAAAUGUCCCUUAAAGAAUCGUUCGAAUUCAUUUUCCUCCGUUUAUUUUUUAAGCUUAGAUAAAUUAUUUUUGUACGAGUUUUUAAAUGAGAUUUCACGGCUAACGUCUAGAAUUUUUCGAAUUUGUUUUAAAGGUAUAACGGAAUAACUAGGUAAUUGGAGUCGAUAGUUCUGCGUUGUUUAACUUAUAACUUGAAAGGUUUUUUCAAAAACAAUAUUCAGGGAGAACAUACGGGAAAUUAAUUUGUAGGUAUCUGCUAGUUAAUCAAAUGUUAGGAUGUCAUCCACAUGUGAAACUGAAAUAUUCAUUAUAUUUUUCUCUUUCAUCAUCUUAAAAUAACUUUUAAUGUUAUCACUACCUAUAUUAUCUAUGUGUCUCGAUAUCAACUGAUUCGGUAUAAAAUAUGUACUUACCAUAGUGUAUUCAAGAAGUCGAGUUCUUUAUUCGUAGUGUUUCAGGACAUUUGUAUUUGUGUUUAGCAUUUAAGAAAAAUGAUAUAUAUUGUAUACUGAUAGUAAGCCUGGGAAGUCUUGAAUGUUGUCACUCUGCUCACACUUACUGGAGGUUAUCAUA